AGACAACAUGGCGGCUCGGGAGUGAGGGGCCGAGCGGCGGCGGCGGCGGCGGCGGCUCCGGGAACAGGGCCAUGCCGGCUCGGCGGGAUUGAGGGGAGGGGAUCCGGGGAAAGAGAGAGAGAGAGAGAGAGAGACACACACGGAGAGACAAUAUCCGUUGGCGGUUUUUUUUUUUGGGGGGGGUCUGUGUGUGGCGGCGAGCCGGGAUGUGCGACAGUUACGGGCGGGCCUUGCUGCGGGUGGCGGUGGCGCAGAUCUGCCAGGCUUUGGGCUGGGACUCGGUGCAGGUCACGGCCUGCGACAUCCUCACCGAUGUGCUCAACAGGUACAUCGAGCAGCUGACCCGGGGCUGCCAUCGCUACAGCGAGCUGUAUGGCCGCACAGAUCCUGUUUUGGAUGAUUUAGGCCAGGCCUUUAAAUUGAUGGGAAUCAGCCUUUCAGAACUUGAAGACUAUAUUCACAACCUCGAGCCCAUUGGAUUUGCACACCAAAUCCCAGCAUUUCCUGUCAGCAAAAAUAAUGUACUUCAAUUCCCACAGCCUGGAACCAAGAGUCUCGGUGAGGAGAAGGAGUAUAUUCCAGAAUACAUGCCUCCACUCAUCUCAUCGCAAGAAGAGGAAGAGGAGGAGCAGGUCCCCACUGAUGGAGGUACAUCAGCAGAAGCUAUGCAGGUUCCCCUUGAAGAGGAAGAGGAGGAUAUGGAAGAAGAAGAGGCUGUUAAUGAUGAAAACCUUUUGGGCAAGAGACCACUCGAAAGCCCUGACUCUGUUGACUUACCUGUUGCAAAGCGAGCUAGAACAGCUGGCUGUAAAAUGGAGAGCCCUGAUGGUGUCAUAGAACCAAGGGAACCCUUGAGUAUGAUCAAUUCUCAAAGAGUGCCUCCUGUUUUAUCUCCAGUUGCACCACCAGAUCAUUCUGGCUCAUUGCCCCUCUCACCUGAACCUCCGAUGCUUGCACCCAUACCAAAACCAUCACAACUUUCAACCCCCAAAUCUUCAGAUUCAAAAGUGCUCAUGUCUAAAGUUAAAUCUAAAGUUUCCUCUUCACCAAUACAAAAAAACAAAUCCCCUAAAGGGUCUCAGUUGGCACUUUCAGGAAGUCCCAUUCGCUCUCCAAAAGCUUCAAUGAAAUCAGACAAAAAAUCACCUAUGCGUACAAAAAGCCCUAAAAGUCCUAAAAGUCCAAAAGUACCAGCAAAUGUUUCUCAUUCCACUGCCAAGAAUGAAACUCCAAACCGAACACCUUUGUCUGUCUGUAAUUCAGGGUCUGAAAAACUUGGUAAAGAAAAUAUUCACACAAAACAGCCACAUACAACAACUGAAUUGGAGAAACCAAAUGUUUUGGAUAUGUCGCCAAAAAAAUUGCCAGUGCCUGAUAAGAGUAUUGAUGACUCUAUUGAUGCUGUUAUAGCUCGUGCUUGUGCUGAGCGUGAGCCAGACCCCUUUGAGUUUUCUUCUGGGUCCGAAUCAGAAAGCGAAAUCUUCACUAGUCCCAGAAGACUCACUAUUUCAGAAUCAUCAACACCACGGAUGCUUUCCCUAUCUAGCAGCUUUAGCAGGGGUAGUGCAACCCCAGUGUCGUCUUCUGGGCCAACAACUAGCACAAAUGUGUCAUGGACUUUGGAUGAUUCCAUUAAUGAGGUUGUCAGGAAGGCAAGCUUAGGUACACCUCCAUCUGUGCCUGCAUCCAUGCCUGACCUGUCCUCCCCUUCUGCUUCCCCACCAACUCCAGAACCUCUUCUUAAGCUCUAUGAAGAACGUACAAAGCACGCAUCUUCAUCUGAUGUGAAGAAAAAGCUAAAGAAAGAAAUUAAGAUGAAAAUCAAGAAAAAGGAAAAAGAAAAGCUAAAAGAUAAGGACAAAGAAAAAAAGGAAAAGGGCAAAGACAAAGAGAAAAACAAGGAUAAAGAAAAGGAAGCCAACAAAGAGUCCAAGAUUUUUUUUAGGGAAUUUGGUAAAGAACACGAGAAAGAUCCAUUUAAAUUUAGAAUUAAAGACUUUGAUGAGAGUGAUGUAAAGUUAAAACAUAAAGACGGGAGUUUUAAAAAGGACAAAGAAAAACACAAAGAAAAGAAGAAAGAUAAAGAAAAGGGGAAAAAGGAUAAAGAAAAGAAUAAAGACAAGGAUAAACAUAAAGCCAAGGCCCCUUCAACAGGGCUUGGGUUUAUUCCAAAAGAGGUCCCGUUGCCCUUGUUCAGCACCCCAAGCAGUGUCAAGACUCAGUGUGUUUUGCCAGCAGUGUCUCCUAUGGUUCCAGAAAGGCUAUUUGAGGAAAAGUCUAAAGAGAAGGACAAGAAAAAAGACAAAAAGGAGAAAAAGAAAAAAAAAGACAAGGACAAGGAAAGGAUGAAGGAGAAGGAGAAAAAGGAGAAGGAAAAGAAGGAAAAGGAGAAAGAAAAAGAUAAGCAUAAAAAUGAAAAAGCAAAAACUGAAGCCAUUAUACCAGCUCCUUCCCCUGUUAUUCCAAGGCUUACACUGAGAGUUGGUGCUGGCCAAGACAAGAUAGUCAUCAGUAAGGUGGUCCCAGUCACAGAGGCAAAACCAUCACCUCCUGCAGGUCACCCAAAGACUCCACCACCACCAUCUCCAGCACCACCCCCAAUUCAUAUUGCCCCACCCCUUACACCAGCUCCUCUUCCUCUACCCACAGCAGCUCCAUCUCCAGCUCCUACUCUUCCUGCUGUAUCUCCUGCAGCUUCUGGCUCAGGAGCAGGAGCCUCUAAGACACCAGUCAGAAGUGUAGUUACAGAGACUGUCAGUACUUAUGUGAUACGCGAUGAAUGGGGAAAUCAAAUCUGGAUCUGUCCUGGCUGCAACAAGCCAGAUGAUGGCAGCCCAAUGAUUGGCUGUGAUGACUGUGAUGAUUGGUAUCAUUGGCCUUGUGUUGGGAUUUCUGCAGCGCCACCAGAUGAAGUCCAAUGGUUUUGCCCGAAGUGCAUCAAUAAGAAGAAGGAGAAGAAACAUAAGAGAAAGAAAUCGCGAGCACAUUGAGAGGGUUUUCAAACUACAUCCCUCCUUUUUUUUUGACAGAUUGCUCCUUUUUUGUUCCAGUUUUUUGAAAGGGCAGCGGUGAUGAUGAACUGUGUAAACAAUGAGAUCCAGUGCAACGUGAGGCCUGAUUAAAUGUCUUUGUACAGUGCAGAAAAUGUAAAAUUGUUCAGAGAUUCCACCCAAUUCCAGGAAAAGGCUGGAGAACGAAACCCAUUGUUAGCCUUUUUGUGUAAUUAAUUGUAUACUUUUAAAAUGAAAGUUUGUAUUAUAUAUCACAAUCAUUUUUUGCAUUCUAUAUGGACUUGUCAUCCUUAUAGUUAAGCUUGUAAUAUAUUUUAUCUUCUCUGCUCAGAGCUCUCAUUGCUUUAACCAACAGUGGCAUGGUGAUUGUAACCAAAAUAAUGGAUUGCUAAGGUUUAUUAAGAGAAUAAAUUACAUUUUUUUAAAAAAAAAGAUACUGCAGUGGACAGUAAUGUAUUUGUACUGCUAUUUUUGGAGAA